GUUGCAACGAGGACAUCGUAAAUUUAGCGGGACCGAGUGUAAUGGUCAGCUGCCUGUUUCCGGUGCGGAAGCCAUCCCACAUCGGAAGAUCAUGAAAAAUUGGAAUUGUAUAUAAUAACUAGUACAAACCUACUAAAUAAUUUGGGUUAAAAGUUAUUUGGUUCAGUUUGGGUCGGCCUGUUUCAAUAUAAUUGAAUACAUUACCCAAUUAUUUCAAGUAAAUGUGUUUGUGCUUCUCAGGAACCUGUUUCUGUUGCUGUCUCUGCUUUACCUAUCGCCAUUCAGUUUCAUGGUUUUGUGUCCUUUUUCAUCCUUAUAUAGUAAAUGCUGCUGUUGUGGCCAAAUAAGUAGACAUUUUGAAUUUACUGGCUUGUGGCAUGUCUAUGAGAUCCUAUCAAUGAAUUCUUGGUUUUGGAGUGCUUUCCACAGUCGGUAAGCUGUAUUAGUAGACAAAAAUUGGAAGGGGUAAAUUUUCUUCCCGACAUCAUGACAAGAUAAUGCCUUACCAGUAAUGGUUAUGUUCUUGAAUUUUCAAGAAUUUGGUUUACAUUGUAUAAUGCUUCCACACCUAACAACCAAAUGACCAAUUUUGAUGUCCUCUAUCCAAAUGAAAAACGUUAUAGUGGAGAGAGUUAAUAGAAAUGAAUGUUGGCUCUGCUAUCCAUGAUAUUGAAUGUUAUGAUGGACAAUAAGUUAGGAGAAACGGAUUUUGACCCUGCUUGACUGUUCAUCAUAGUUGUGAUUGGUGACAUUCUUCUGGAGAGGAUCAAGCGUUUAUUUAAACUUACAACUCUAGUAUAUAAAAUGAUAAAUGCACAUAAUUUUUCUUAUAUAAUAUGUGCACUUAUAGUUACAAAUACAUUAACUGUACAUCUACAGAAGUAGAGGUCAUUAUCCCGUUAUGGUCUUAAAACAGGGUUCUGAGUGGAAAAUUUUAGCACACUCAUGCAAUAUCAUUUUUACGUUUAAGACUUUAAGUUACUGCUCUGAGGACUUCAAAUUUCUCUCCUACAAUUGGAAGCUCUAACUUGUAGCACUGCAGUAAGCAGUGGCCUCUGCAUACACACAUAUCUUUUUAUUAUAUUUUUCAUCUUUUGCUAGUGCCUUCUAUGUCAUUUUCUAAGUUAAUUAAUUGCAGAGAUUUUGAGUUGACAGAGAAGCUAGAAUAUUCCUCUGCUGUCUUUACUUGCAACUACCCUAAUUUUAGUGAUACUGCAAGCUUUCAACGUGAGAAUUGAGGCUGCAAGUAUCAUGGUUGCAGCUCCUUUAAUUGCAUCUCUUGCAACACAUAUUAUGUAUCUGAACGUCUAUGAUCUUGACUGUGGUAAUUAUUUCUCUAGUAAUUUUCAUGUCGUGUGAUGCCUCAAAAUCUACCUUAGACUAUUCUGGAGUUCCAUUAGAAUGCUACUGUUAAAAAUGUGUUUAAUCAAAUCUGUUUUUCCUUCAGCUAUUUUGAACUGCGCUGCUAAUUUUCUUGCUAUUCUGUCUUUAUCCCUGUUGUCUGAUUUAGACUUGGUUUGUCUCGUAUGCACAUCACAUGCAAUUACUGUUUCUGUACUUUGUAUCUUAUUCGGUGAUCACAAAGAAGCAAGGAAUUUUUUUGUUCAUGGACAAGUUGAAGUUUCUGCAAAAUGGGGGAAUACAAUAAAGCAUGCGCCUAAAUAUGAAAGUAUGUGGGGCUAUGGGUUUAACUCAGCUGCUUAUUUGGGCAAGUGUUACUCAUCAUGCAUCCCGGUGCAAGUUGUGGAUGGUGGUUGUGGGUGGAGGUCUCGCUAUGCUCUUGGAUACCAUACGACUUCCCACCAUAUCACGGAUUUGUUGAUGCUCACGGUCUUUGGUUGUGGAGCUUUGUCAGGGAUGAUGCGAAGUUUAGUACUUCAAGUCUCCUGAAGAAAAUCAAAUAGCAUUCUAUAACACAUUCGUCUACCCAAUUCUCCAAAUAGAUUUUGAUUUUUGUCAAGCACAUUGCAGGCUCAAAUAUGCCUCGAACAACCAAAAGGCGUUGUUUUCCCGUGCAUGCAUUUGUCCCUCAUGCUUACCGCGGCUGAUCCUUUCACUUAGUAUUUAAUUUAGUGUUGAUCUAUUAUUUCCAUUGAAAAUGAAAAUGUGGUAUACGAUCUUUAAUGAAACUCAGGUUUUGAGA